AUUAUAACGUUGAUGUUUAUAUUACAAUGUUACUUUCUUAAACAUUUUCACGUGCGAACGGACCGAUAUAUAUUAAAUAUCGUAGCUCGCACGCACGAGUUUUUUUAAAUCAAGCGUAGCACUACGACUCAAAUAAAUGCACACUUCCGGAAUCACUGUUCUUUUCCGCAGCGAAGAGUUUAUCUGGCUAGUUAGCACUUUAGCAUGCUAAGCCAGCAGUUUCCUCCAUCAGCGCACUCUUGAGUCUGUCUGCACACAGUCAGGAUAACCCUUAUAAAGCGGUCUGCAUGCUCGUAAAAAGUCGUAAACACGUGAUCGACUGAUAAAACCUAAAUAUAAAAUCAAACUGAGGAGAUAUUUUAAAUCACUCAAUUAGCAUAGCUCAACCACUUGCAGGCUUCUGACGUUUUAGCCUGUUAGCGUUAGCAGCUUGCAGCUUAAAUCAAGCCACACAGUCAUUAAAACAUUUUUUCUUCAGUGCUGUUGAAAUUGUAGUGUAAAAACACACACUUGUACGGUUAAUGACGGCGUCGGGAUUUUCAAACUGAUGAGAAUAAAUCAGCAAUAAAUGAAAAUGUUUUGAGAACAAGUUUUAAAUGUAGCGAACUUGCAAAAUAUUUCCGUUAAACUAUCAAUGAAAUUGAUGUAAUACAAAUACAUGCUCGUAUUGAGUUUAUUUUGUUCCCUUUCCAAUACAUGAACGUGUCGAGUUUGUUUUGUUCGCUUUGACAGCCGUCAGAAAGCAUCAUAACAGCAACGUUUGUUUUGGUUGUGAUCAAAGAUAUUUAUCCACAUAUGGGGUCGGUUCAGGAUGUUUACCAUAGGUGUAUAUAUACUAAAGCUGUGCAUCUCAGUACUAAUUCUGAAGUAGCCCAGCGCUUGAGGACCAGGGUUGAAUAUAUUUUACACUGAAGUGCCACUGUGUGCUAUUAGUGGACUGAGUUUAAACCCUGUGUCGCUGAAUCACUUCUCUCGGGGGUUUAGAUCAUCUCAGAUCAAAAGGACAGUAUGGCCACCACUGUCGCAGUCAGUCCCAGUGAAUAUCUUCAGCCCUCCACAACCACUUCUCAAGACUCACAGCCCUCCCCGUUGGCGCUCCUGGCAGCUACUUGCAGUAAGAUCGGGCCACCUGCUGCCCAGGCUCCAGUCAGCACACCGCCAUCUCAGCCAACCACACGCCGUCUGCACCCCAUCAAACCUGCCCCCAUUGCUCCAGCUCCACCCAAAAACCUGGGCUUCCUCUCAGCCAAAGGGAAUAUAAUCCAGCUGCCCGCAGGGCUUGGCUCGUCGGGGGCCAGUCCCAUUGUCUUCACUUUUCAGAGUCCUUCACGUCCAGCAGGCACGUCCACCACUAACUUCCAGUACCAAGUAAUUCCUCAGUUCCAGGGCUCUCAGGCCAUUCAGAUGAUGCCUCAGGGAGGACAGAUCCAAAUCAUCCCAGGAACCAACCAGGCCAUAAUCACCUCGCCUGUCACAGUUCAGGCUGCCACACCAACCGCUCUGCCUCUGGCCCCGGCCCCGGUCCCCCAGCAUAAAACAGUGGCAAUCAAGCCGUCCACCCAAAAACGGCGGCAGAAUAAUGCUAGCGUGAACGCUAACGUAGUGCGACUCCCUAGCGGAUUGACGCUUCCUCUCAAUGUGACCACUGGUGAUGUCGGAGGAGCGCAGGUUCUAACGGAGACCGCAGCAGCUCCAGUGAAGCCCAAAAGGGGAAGGAAAAGACAGGUGGCUAUAGCUGCGCCAGCACCUGCCCCGCAACCAGCUUCUCCUCCACCUGUAGCUGAGCAGGUUGAGGCCUUGCUGAUAGAGACCACAGCCGACAACAUUAUUCAGGCAGGAAAUAAUCUCCUGAUCGUGCAGAGUCCAGGGGGGAGUGGUAUGGUGCAGCAGGUGCAGUUGCUUCAGCAGAAAUCAGACCAGCAGGUCGUUCAGAUCCCCCCACAGGCUCUUAAAGUGGUACAGGCUGCGUCUGCUACACUUCCCCCUGUCCCACAGAGACAGACAGUCACGCCCAGUGUCCAGGUGUCUCCUUCAGAACCCACACAGGUGCUGAUUAAAACAGCCUCGGGUGAAUGGCAGGCUGUACAGCUACAGGAAACUACUGUUACAACUCCAACAACACCCACCAGCACACCCACUCCCACAGUGGUCACAAAAAAAGUUCAAACAGGGACGCGGAAAGAAAGGACUCUACCUAAAAUCGCCCCGGCUGGAGGGGGUUUGAUAACACUGAACGCAGCUCAGUUAGCAUCUGCUGCUCAGGCUGUGCAAACCAUCAACAUCAACGGAGUCCAGGUACAGGGGGUUCCUGUGACCAUCACCAAUGCUGGGGGCCAGCAGCAUCUGACAGUGCAGACGGUUCCCAGCGCAGGUCUGCAGCUAGGCAGUGUGCAGACGCAGACACAGACCAUGCAGAUGGAGCAGACGCAGACACUCGCUCUGGAGCUGCAGACUCAGCCAGGAGAGAAGAAACGGCGAAUGGCCUGCACGUGCCCCAACUGCAAAGACGCAGAAAAGAAGCCGGGAGAGGUGGGGAAAAGAAAACACAUCUGCCACAUAGCAGGCUGUGAAAAGACCUUUCGAAAGACUUCCCUGCUGCGAGCGCAUGUCCGACUGCACACAGGAGAGAGACCUUUUGUGUGCAAUUGGGUGUUCUGUGGAAAACGAUUCACACGCAGUGAUGAGCUCCAGCGGCACGCCAGGACACACACGGGAGACAAACGUUUUGAGUGCAAUAAAUGUCAGAAACGUUUCAUGCGGAGCGACCACCUCACAAAGCAUUACAAAACACACAUCAACACAAAGAGCCUGUGAACAAUGUCUGUCGUGAGAUUUCAAGAAGUUCAUGAGGGGAUGAAAAAAGAAAAACAAGUGUUCCCCGGGCUUGAGGGAUUGGCGGAAACGGAAACGAGUCCCCUAUUCGACGUGGCCCUGGAAAUUCACCUGUUAAUACCAAGACCUUUUUACUUGCCCCCAUCAUCAGAGAAAAGCUGGCAGGCCGGAAAGUGCUUCCCGCACUUAAAAUUCAUGAAGAACAUGGACGCCAGUUGUGUCUUGGUGGAUUCCUCUGAUAUACAGAGCAGAACAAAGCACCAACAGACACUUCAGCCAAAAAAAAAGGAAGAAAAGAAGUUAUUUUCCCCCACUUAUUUUCAAUUUUUUCUCAUUGUUUUAGCUUUACCAUCCCCCCUCACAUGAAGUGUAGCAGUUAUGGGCAGUGUUUCUUAGCUUUUAUUGUGUAAAUGUUUGUUUUCAUACAUACAAACAUACAUUUGUACAUACUAUGGACAAUUUGAAUACAAAAGCGAUGCUUUGGACAAACUCUUUGACCCAGUUAAAUUAUUAUUUUCUGUUGUUUUUUUAAUUUCGAAUUUUAAAUGGACGCUUGAAUUUGGUUUUAAUAAUAUUAGAGGUUAUGGAUUUGACAUGCUUGUCCAUGGUUUGACAAUCAUGUUGUGUAUAGAGGAGGGUGAGUAUCUUCAGACUUGCUACACGUUUAAAGGAAUAAUUUAUUUAAAAAAGAUGUAACGUAUGCGGUGUGUGUGUGUGUCUGAUGAAGAUUGCUUAUGUCCAUCAAAAUAAAAGAGACUCAUGUUUAUGUUUUGAUGUAAAGAAGGACAAAAAUCUCACAAAGAAGAAUGCAAUGUGAUUGUUGGCGAUGUUAUACCAUGUUUGUUUUUCGAUUUAUUCAAGGUACGUGUAAAGGAAAUGAGGAAUUUAAUGCUUAUUUGCAGUCAGUCAUUCCGCUUGAGUUCUCAUCCAAGUUUUUGUCCAAGCUCUCUUAAAGAGGCCUUAAGAGGAAAAAGAAACCGUGCUUAUGUAUGUUUGUAUAUUGAUUCUGUUGUAUUUGGAUGUAAAAUGUAGGAUAAUUGUUACACAAAUGUGUAUUGGCUGUUGUUGCCAAACAUAAAAGAUGCGGACUGUGUACAGUGUAAAUGAGAAGGAAGAAAACAACAACAUUUGUAUAGUUUCAUUCCUAUAAUAUGUAUGUAAGACUAAUAGAUGACCCUUUUUAUUGACUAAAAGUUGCCUUAGUCUGCAGCACCCCAUAUUUAAAGAGAAUUGUCUUUUUUUCCAGGGAACUGCAUUUGUAGACCUGCUUUAUUUUAUUUUAUUUGUCUAACUUAUGAAGUGUUAAGAAAUGCCAAUUUAUGUGCACUGACCAAAUUCAGGGUUUUCGCUGAGUGGAUAAUUUAAUUAUUUGGUUUAUGUGUCUGCGUUUGAUUUGACAGAAUAAAAAUCUAUCAUUGAUAAAAGCCCUAUUUAAAGAGCCCUGGCUUUGAGAAUCGAUAUAUAGGUAAAAACCCUGUGUUUGUAUAAGUUGUGUUGAGGAGCUUAGACCAGAGAACUUGCUAUCUUUUUCUACAGUCAGACCACUUCUCCCACUCGCCUAAUAAAGCAUAACACAAAACA